AUGACUGGAGAAAGAGUCAUCAUCUCAAAUAAGCUGCAGAGCAGUGUGGUAAAUGAACUACAUGUUUCUCACCCUGGCAUCGUACAAAUGAAAAUAUGGCAUAACAUCGACAAGGAUUGUGAAGUCGUCGUGCGAAGCCGUUCCAGAUGUCAGGGAAACGCGAAAAACUAUCAGAGCGACGCUGGAACCUUGGCCGACUGCUACGCAUGCAUGGCAAACAAUUCAUGUGGAUUUCGUCGGACCAAUGGAUGGACACUAUUGGCUGGUCGUGGUCGAUGCAUUCAGCAAUUGGUCGGAAGUGAUGGAGCUAACCAACAUUUUUGCGAUCGAACAGUAAAUAAACUCAAGAAAAUUUUUGCGAGAUAUGGAUUGCCGCAAACAGUUGUGAGCGAUACGGGAACUCAGUUUUUAUCUGAGUCGUUCAAGAGGAUGAGGAAUUGCGCACAUAACCAUAGCCCCUUACCAUCCUCAAUCGAACUGACAUGUAGAAAGGUUCGUCGAUACGCUGAAACGAGGUAUCGAGAAAAUCAGAGGGAGAGGAAGACCGUCCGAAGAUACCUUGAAUACUAUCCUGCAAGCCGACACGACCACACUAAACAACAGCUUACAAGAGAAGAUUCCGGCAGAAUUAUUUCUAGAAAGAAAAAACCGCCCUCGAUUAUGCAUUCAAGAACAAAGGAUCAUUUCGUGGAAAAAAGGCGAGAAGACAUGCAAAAACAGUUCAACAGGAGACAUGGUACUGUUGAAAAAAUCUUGCUGUUGGUGAAGCCGUAUAUACCCGGCAGUGGAAAUCGUCACAAGUUGUCUGGUAAAAAGGCGCUAUCAAACACUGCCUCGAGCCAUAGCGAAGUAGAUGUGAAAGGAAGACUUUUGAGAAGCGUGUGA